AUGGCGACAUUCAACAACUCUAGGCGGCGCUGGUGGGCCCGUUUAAGAAGACGCUGGAGACUGAAAGGUGUAUUUGAGAUUGAUGAAGGACACGAGUUCUACAGCCUCACGUGCAAAAUAAAAGAGGGACUUUCUGCUGCUCUGCAGUCCAGCAUAGACAAACCAGCACCAGAUGAACUAUCACCUGAUGACUUCACUAGAGAGGAGACAGAUAUCCAUGAGGGUUUUGAGAUGCGGACGUUUGCCGGGCCCGUGUUUGCCAACCUGCGCCAUUCCCUGGGCAUGACGGAGCAGGAGUACCAGGUCUCUCUGGCCUCAGCUGGGCCCUACCUGCAGUUCAUCAGCAACUCAAAGAGCAAGGCCGACUUCUUCCUCACAAAUGACAAGAGAUUCUUCCUUAAAACACAAAGUAAAAGAGAGGUAGAGUUUCUCUUGUCCAACUUGGGAGUGUACGUGGAUCAUCUGGAGAAAUAUCCUCAUUCUCUUUUGGUCAAAUUCCUGGGAGUUCAUCAGAUCAUUAUCCCUGGUGAUCUAAACAAAUACUUCAUCGUGAUGCAGAGCGUGUUCUAUCCUGAUGAGAGAAUUGAGGCCAGAUAUGACAUCAAAGGCUGUGAAGUGGGCAGAUGGACAAACCCCACCCCCAAGAGAAAGCAAGCAAUUGUAGUUUUGAAAGAUAUGAACUUUGAGGGACAGCACAUUACUCUUGGGGAGCAGUGUUCCUGGUUCAUGCAUCAGGUACAGCUUGACACAGAGUUUCUGCGCUCUCUGAACGUGUAAGAUUACAGUCUGCUGGUGGCCUAUCAGCAUCUACACCAGGACGAAGUUGACCAGAACCGUGACUUGGCUACUCUUGUUGUCCGAACAGCAAUGUCUGUGGCUCAAGAAUCACCAACACACGAAGGUCCUCCAACUGUUCCAGAAGCUGUAUCGGAGGAAGACCCUGCCUUGCCAGAGCCAGAUUUUUCCAAAAACACACCGGAGCACCAUGGAGAUGAAAGUCAUCUACACAAAAACUACAGAAAACAGUCCAUAGAAUUGCUAGAGAUCCAGGUCCAGAAUCGUAGAUUAUUGCCAGACUGCAAAAACCCAGUGCAUGUGAUUGAUGGCCCACAGUUGCGUUAUUUUGUGGGAAUUGUAGACAUUUUUACUGUGUAUGGAUUCAAGAAGAGAGUAGAAAACUUGUUGAAGAGGAUACGAUACCCCAGCAGGGCUUUUUCCACUGUCAGUCCACCGUCUUAUUCUCUCAGAUUCUACCAGUGGGUACAAGCUCACAUACAGUAA